UUGCAGCUGCCCUUGCUUUGACCCUAGGGAGGGCUGUGUGGGAAGUUUGUCUCUCAGAUAGAGCAAAAACACUGCUCUGCAGAGUGUCUGGAGGCUAAGUGUAUGCAAAACCCCCUGAUAAAUAGGGAAAAGGCCCCGUUUGCUUCAGCUGGAAAUCAGAAUGUUGAAGUAAUUGCUGAAUCCUCCCAUACUGUAUUCCCUUUCUGUGGAAAGGGGCAAGCUCUAGUUAUAUCUUCCUUCUGUUUUUUCCUUAGAAAGUCCAUCAUUCUUUGAAGUGAAUGAAACAGUGGAAGUUGGGACAGAGUAUGGCAAAUACUUAUGUGACGGUAUCUGAUGGGUACUGUCUUUCUGAACCCAUACAGUAUUAUGAUGUAAUGCCAGAACAUAUUAAUUAUCAGCUUCAGGACUCUGAUUUUCAAGCAGCAUCUUAUUGCCAGUAUUCAACUGUUCAAUUUCCUCCAGGACUACAAACCUCAUCUUCACAAAGUCACUACAAUACAUAUAGCCUAGAUACACAGUAUGGUGAUGGGCAAUAUGUACUCAGCGCCUGUGAAUUAAAUAAGCCCACUUGCAUGGUGGCCCAUGAAGGUGAGGAUGGAUAUCCUGGACUAAAAAGGCCCAGAUUAACUCAUUCUUCCAUGCGCAUUAAGGGUCAGGAAGAGCUCUGUGUCGUUUGUGGUGAUAAAGCCUCAGGAUACCAUUAUAAUGCACUUACUUGUGAAGGUUGCAAAGGAUUUUUUCGCCGAAGUAUCACCAAAAAUGCAGUAUAUAGAUGCAAGAAUGGGGGGCACUGUGAAAUGGACAUGUAUAUGCGUAGAAAAUGUCAAGAGUGCCGCUUGAAAAAGUGUAAGGCAGUGGGAAUGCUGGCAGAAUGCUUGUUAACAGAAGUCCAGUGUAAAUCAAAGCGACUACGAAAGAAUUUGAAACAGAAAGGCAGUUUCUUUUGUAACAUCAAAGUGGAAGAUGAGGGAGCAGACAACAAACAUGUAUCAUCUACAACUAGAUCUGGAAAGAUCCAGGAGAGAGUGGAACUAACUCCAGGGGAACAUCAGCUCAUUGAUCACAUUGUGGCAGCCCACCAAAAAUACACAAUUCCUCUUGAAGAAGCAAAAAAAUUUUUGCAGGAAUCUGCAAAUCCUGAGGAAAGCUUUCUGCAUCUCUCAGAGACAGCAGUACUUCACGUUCAGGUGUUGGUAGAUUUUACCAAGAGGCUUCCAGGAUUUGAAAGUUUGGCUAAUGAUGACCAGAUUGCACUGUUGAAAGGUUCAACAGUUGAAGCAAUGUUCCUGAGGUCUGCCCAGAUCUAUAAUCAGAGAUUUAAUGACUGUCCUUCAUCAGCUCAUGAAAAUGCAGUAAGGUUUUCAGAACAUGCUUUGAAUUGUCACAUUCCGGGUUAUGACAGAAAUGUUAUUUAUUCUAUAGACACUUCUCACAGUGAGGAGAGUCCAACUUCUACUACUACAUCAGGUAUUACUGAAGAAUUUAUCACUGCACUGUUUUACUUCUACAGAAGUAUGGGUGAACUUAAUAUAACUGAGACUGAAUAUGCCCUGCUCUCAGCAACUACUGUGUUUUUUUCAGAUCGUCCGCUCCUAAAAAAUAAGCAACAUGUGGAAAAGCUGCAAGAACCACUUUUAGGAAUUUUGUAUAAAUAUUCAAAAAUUUAUCAUCCAGAAGAUCCGCAGCAUUUUGCUCGUCUCAUAGGGAGACUUACAGAACUGAGAACACUAAAUCAUAACCACUCAGAAGUGUUGAUCACCUGGAAAACAAAAGACCCCAAACUGACAAGUUUACUCUGUGAGAUUUGGGAUUUACACUGAAUAGUUAAUCACAUGUAUUGAAAUUUCAGAAUCACGUGGCUUGUCUUCAACUUAGGGAAACCCAAAUCGUUCAGGUAGUUUCAGUUUUUUUAAUGUUCUAAGAUAUAAGGAUUACUCUGAUUGAACGUGAAAACAAUUGAUAUGUGAAGAUAAUGACAUCCUUAAUAUAAAAAUGCACAUUCAACACUAUCUGCACUGAAGCUACAAUUUGUGGGACACUACUGUCUAUAAGGACACCUGGGGAGCUUGCAAAAAGUCAUCCACAGGAGUUCACCUCUAAUACUGACUACUGUUAAAUAUUUCCUCCCCUUGGAAAAUGCUGCCGCUCAGUGAAGCAGACAUUUAUCUGUAGGGAACUGCCUUUCUGGGCUCAUUUUUUUAUCUUCAGUGGUAUUUUUUGAGCUCUUACUGUGUGCACAGCGCUGCACUGAGUACUUGAGAAAGUACAGUGGAACAGAGUCAGUAGACACGUUCCCUGCCCACAGCAAAUUUAGCAGCAAAUUGUAAUCAGAGGUGUCAUUAACUGAUUUUCGAACUCUGUACAGAAUAGACCACUUCCAGUGAAAAGGAGGACUGAUAAAAAUAAUAGAUGGUGGAACAAAUGUAGUGAAAUAAAAGGUGGUUGGGGCAAUAGUUGUAGGAAAAGGCAUUAGGUUAAUUUGAUAAAAAUAAUAUGAAACCAUAGUCUCUAUCUUUUUAAAUUUGCAUUUUCUAACUGUAAAUGACGAAAGGAGAAGCAAAACACUUUUGGGGAAAUGAUCAUCGUCUCUCUGUCUACUAAAUAAGUCUAUUGUCUGUUUUAUUCUAUGUUUUCCUCUUCUUUAUUCUAAAAAGAAAUUGAAUUUGAGGAAUGCCUAGCAACACUGUUUUUAUAAUAGUAAAUUUUCAGGGUAUGUUAUUAUUCAGAUAUAGCUAUAAAAUGUAUCAGCUGAUUUUUAAUCACAUUUCUUAUCCUAUGGUUAUUUUUGUACUGAACUAUUAUGCAUACUAAUACCCUGAAAUAAUUCAUUGCAGCCUACCCAAUUUUGAAAGUUUGUAAUGGAAAAAAAAAAGCCCAGAAUUCAUCACAAAAAGUAUUCUUUGAAUUCAAAAAACAAAAUGCUGUAAAACUGUAAGUUACUUCAGUACAUUUUCAUAUCACCAAUAAAAAGAAUUACCUACAGAAAAACGAGGUACAAAGACUAAAUUCUAUAAAAGAAUCGGGAACCCCGAUGGGAGAAUCAGAAAAUAUCUACAGUAAAUUUUGCUUGGAGAUCCCAAGUAAUAUAAAUCGAAAAUUGGCAAUAAAAGGUCAUUUUCAUUCUGGUCAUAGCGAGGAAGAACAUUUGGAGUCUAACCAGAACGGCUCAAAGAGCCAAAAUAUAGUACCAAUUGAUGUUUGUUUCUGAUGAAAAGCUAUUUUGAACGCAUUCGUUUCUAUCGCUUUAAAUGCAAAUUAAAUGUCACAAUUGUCACCAGCUGA